AUGAAUUUUUCUUUGAUGACCAUUGAUGGAGGUUGGUCUCCAUGGUCACAAUGGUCGGACUGCCGAUGCCCGGGCUCGACUCUCUCCUCCGGAAAGAUGAGCACCAGGACCUGCACGAACCCGCCCCCGAGUAACGGGGGCCAACAGUGCCAAGGAAUGGGCGUGAGAAGGACCAAGGACUGCACGCUGUGCCCUCAAGGUAAAAAGGAUUUCGCUUGGGAGAGCGGCUUUACUUAUGCGAAUUUAGGAGCUGGUUGUAUUUAUGUAUCCGACUGCGGCGACUGGUUGGCACCACUUCGAGCCAGCUCGUUGGUCGUCCUGGUCGGAAUGGUCGGAUUGCAACUCGGACUGCAUAAAAACCAGAAAAAGGCAGUGCAUACCAGGAAAUGGGCAAGGGAAAAAGACGUGCAAUGGAAAGGACACGCAGACGAAUUUCUGUUCGACGGAGCAAUGCAGAUCCAUGGAGCUCACAAGAGUAACCGAAGAUUAUCUUUGGAAAGGAAUGUAAAUCCUGGGAAAUCCUUGGAACAAAUUUCGAUAAUACCAUGUCAAAUUUCGAAAGUCGUAGACAUACCAUCGAAUAAUCCCGUUAUUGCGAAUGGAUUUAAAUGGUAUUUUGCAUAUUUUUGCGCCCUAGCAGCGCGUAAUCCAAAACCGCACUCGUCGCCCGAAAAUGCAGAAGCAGUGACAGCGUUUUCGGGGGGACCAUUUCCGGCCGGAAUUCCCGACAUUCUCGUCUACCCUGCUAAUUGCGGCCCUUCUCCCCCUUUUCCCCCGCCGAUAUUGGGGCACGUCUCCGCCAUACUUCAAUGCCAUGUGUUUCACGCCACUCUCGAAUUUCUAAUUCUUCUUGUAUCGGAUUUUGUCAAUUUAUUAAGAUACAACGAGAAAUCGUACACAAAUAUUCGUGAAAAUAUCCCCGCUAUUGAUAUACCAAACAGAAACUUACGAAAAAACAUGCAGCGCACCCAGAACGACAUACUUCUCUACAUCGGGCUGACUGUCGCCGUUUUCCUCAUUUGCAUUUUAUCCUUCUUCGUGGUAAGGAUAUACAGGAAGAAAGGACAACACCAAAGUUUGUACAACAUGGCGUCUAAUGAUUACCAUCCCGAAUAUUUUCCGGAUCACGAUAAAAAAUCUCUCAAUCUGCCUCCUGAUCUAACCCAAACUGUACCACCGUGCUACGAAUAUCCCUAUAAUACACCAGCUGCAAGUGUAACCAGAUCCGUGUCUGAACACCACUACGAUGUUCCUCAUUUGGCUUCAGCUGACUCCACCUAUGAAGUGGCCACCGAAGCGGUGACUCUCCCCUUGCCGGCCGCCUAUGCGGCCACCCCCACGACCAGCGGAAACUACACCAGCUCCGCCGUGUCGCACAGCGGAGCCUUCCUGAACCUGUCCGAGUCCGGGGUCAGCCUCCUGAUACCAGAGGGCGCUGUGUCUCGCUCCCGCAAACAAGAACUCUUCCUCUCGAUCCUGAACGAAGACUGCUUCAGACCAAAGUUAGCGGAGAACAUCACCCAGCUGAGCCCGGUCGUGUCUUGCGGUCCGAACGUGGCGCUGAACAAGUCGGUUAUCCUGAAGAUACCGCACUGUGCGGAGCUGAGGAAUAACUGGUCUAUUUCUGUUCUUCAAAGCGAUUGCAGCGAUUCUCAGUGGCAAAGCGCUGUCACUUUAGGACAAGAAACUAUUAACACGAGCGUUUAUUGUCAAUUGGACAAGGACGCUUGCUACUUAGUUACAGAAUGCUUAUCUAGAUUCGUAAUUGUCGGUAGAUCCGUAAGUGGAAACGCUAUUAAAAGACUCAAGUUGGCUGUAUUUUCGCCCAAAUUGUGCUUGCAAUCUUCCUCUGAAUUUAGUAUUAGAGUCUACAUUCUAGAAGAUACUGAUAGUUCGAUGGAGACGGUCUUCGGGCAGGAAAAACGCCUCGGAGGCUACCUACUGGACGAACCGCGUUCCGUAACCUUCCAAGAUGGCGGUAACAACUUGUGCUUAAACAUAGAAUGUCUGAGUGACGGCUGGCAACUUAAGAGCGCGUCAGAUUACCAGGAAAUCCCCUUCAGGCAAAUCUGGCAAGCCAACAGCAACAGCUUACACUGCUCCUUCACUCUCGAAGCCGUGGAAGUAAGCAGACACUUGAGCUUCAAAAUAAGAAUCAAUCAAAAAGGCUUCGACUACCAGCAAGUGUUCGAUAUAACCUGCAAAGACGACGGAGAGACGAUAAGCAACAAGACUAGUUCGGUAAAGUUGCACCACAACGAGUUAGUGCCAAAAAUAACGAUACAAAGUGAAACGAGCAAAUCGAGCGACUCGAAAAAGUCGGUCGAGUUCUCCCAUUCCCCGAAGAGUGCCAAAAGCUUCAAGCUGCAGCCGGCCAACCCGGACGAGCUCUCGAUGAAGCUCGCCAAGAACUCUAUCCUCACGGACAGGGGUGUUUCCACGUGCGACGACUUCAAUUUCAGGUUGAACAAGUCGAUGCGCAAGCAGCUGUGCCAAUGCCUCGACCCUCCCACGGCGAAAGGCAACGAUUGGCGCAUGCUGGCGCAAGCACUUAAUGUCGACAGGUACAUCAACUUCUUCGCAACGAAACCAUCGCCCACCGACUGCAUCCUGGACCUGUGGGAGGCCAGGAAUAGGGAUAGCAAGGCUCUGACUGAUAUUCGACAGAUUUUCAACGAAAUGAAGCGGCCCGACGCCAUGGCCAUCAUGGACGCCUGCCUGGGCCCCAACUGGUUGUAA